AUGGCGGUGACGGCGAGCAGGGCGGUCGGCUUCCUCAGGCAGGGAGCGUUCAGCUUCUUCAGAGUCCUGAGCUCUUCGUCCAUGGCUUCUCCGGCUCCAGGGGCAGCUGCGGCGUCGGAAGCGGCGGCCGCCAAGAAGCCUAAGCGGAAGAAGAAGAAGAACCUCUUCGAGGUGGCUCAGUUCCUGCCAGAUUGGGGGAUCGGAUACAACAUGGCGAAGAACCACUGGGAGGGCAUCUCCUACAAGAUCACCAAGAUUAACCUCUACAAGGUCUAACCCAACCUUCUCAUCUCUCUAUCUCUCUCAGUUUGUACGCUGUGAUCUUUCCGAUUCUCUAACACCUUUUCUUUUCUUUCGCUACUGCUUCCUUAUUAUGAUCAUCCCUGACAGGAUGGGAGGCACGGGAAGGCGUGGGGGAUUUUCUACAAGGACGGUGAGGCCUCAUCUUUACGGCUUCCUUCCUUGUUUCACCGCCAUGGAGCUAGGGAUUGAGAUUCAUUUUCAUCUACCUUUCACCGUACACACGUAUCAGAAGAACAUUUCUCGUUCAAGUCUGUAAACUGGUUGGACGUCUUCAUCUGCUAUUCUACACUUGUUCAGACUCAUUGAGUGAACAUGAAAUUGUGUUAUGAUUUAUAAGUUUUCCUUUUAAAGUUAAGAUUUCAUAUAUUUAACGAUCUGAUCAUGUUAAACAUAUAUUAAAUUCCUAGUUUUAUCAUUAUAAUUUUGGUUCUAACGUUUAAAUAAAAAGUUUUUAGCCUUAAGAUCGUCAUUUGUCCACUGUCUCUUGGCGGCCUCUCCUGGCAUUAUAUGACUGGAUAGGCAUCCAAAAUCUAUCAGAUGGAACCCCCUCCGAGUGCAAUUUCCUUGGGUUAGAACAACUGAACUUCCAAGCUAGUUAAUUAGAGAGUGAUAAAUCGGAUCGGAUAGGACCAACUGGAAAUUUUGGGCAGGAUUACCAUGUAAAUCUUGCAUAGGAUAAGAGUAUUAUUAGUGAGAUGAUUUGACAGUAAUCAUUAUAAUUUAAUGAUUAUGGCCAGUGAUUUUGACCAUGGAAAUGGUUAUCCACUGUUAUUUCGAUUGCAUUUUUUAUAUCUUCUUGUUCUAUUCUUGAAAAGUGCCACUAUUCUUUUUUGUCGUCCACACUGCAAGUUUCGAAGAAUCGUAGGAUUGCGGUCCGUCUCAUUUUUUCACAGCUUUUCCCUUGAUGAACAGGCCUCUUUGUUCUUCCUUUCUCUAAGUUCUAUAAAUUGAGGAUGUCAGGCUUCAGUGCAAAUCGUCGCACUAGGAAACUCUGUUAUUCUUCAUUUUUUUCACAAUAAUAUGAAACACUAUAAUUCUACCUAUUUAAUGAAUAGUUUCCCAUAACCAUUUAUUUUGUGUAUUUUAAAUCUUGGUUAUGGGAGAAAAGUUUAUACAGGGCAAUGAUGCGUUUGUCUAUGGUACUGAAUAGGGGCUCAUUAGCCAUUGACUUUUAUACACAUUUAAUUAUUAAAUGGCUGCAUUUUUCCUAAGUUAUUUUGAUCUCAGACUAAUGUUCUUUUUGAGCAUUUUUGUAUGGAAUUUUGUUUUUUUAAGGCAAACCUUUGCUUCCCAUGGCUACUCAACCUAGCAGCAACAUUCUUGUCGAUGAUGCAUAUGCUGUAUAUCAUAUUGCUUACAUAUCUUAAAUGACAUAUGAAGAACUCUCAGUUUAUGGGGCAUUUGUUGGCUGAUUGUGGCAGAUAAACUGAUCUUUGUCUGUUCUCCUAUCAUAUUUGGCUUCACUGUCCUGAAUUUAUUCGAAUCAAUUCAACCUCAGAGUCUUAGAAGAGAUUUUUUUUAAAAAAAACCCAGCAAAGUAGGGUCAGGAAAACAGAUCCUAAACUAGAAUGCUAGUCACAUACUGAUUACCAUAUAAAUCUACGUAAUUCCAUCUUCUGUCUCCCUCCUUUGAGGCCCUGUCUCCUGCAUCUUUCUUCAUAUACAUUCAAAUUAUCAUCCCAGACAUGUUGGCCAUCCAUUCUUUUUUCAGACUUGGAUCUUCAUAUCUAUGAGAUUUGUUCAUACACCCAUUUGGGCAAUCUAGACCCCCUCAUCUGGCCAGAUACUUGAAAGGGUCUCUCUGAUUCGCCAGCCAUUUCUGCAGGUUUGCCCGCCGCCGACACCCCCAAGAAGAUCAGCGGCGUUCAUAAGCGGGGGUGGAGGUACAUACCCGAAUCAAGAAAGAAGAAGCUAGAGAAGACGCCUGAUGGAGGAGAGGAGCAAACCUUGGCGGCUUAG